AUGUUGGGUUCAGGUACCAAUUUGGUGACCACGGUCAUUGGGUUUGGCAUGAGUGCCACUUUCAUUGUGUUUGUCUGCACCAGAAUCAUUUGUGGAAGGCUGAGAGGGGGAGUUGAAUCUCGGAUGGUGUAUGAGAUUGAAUCUAGAAUUGAUAUAGAACAGCCAGAACAUCAUGUUAAUGACCCUGAAUCCGAACCUGUUCUGCUUGAGGCAAUCCCUACUUUGAAGUUCAACCAAGAGGCUUUCAGUUCCCUCGAACACACACAGUGUGUAAUAUGUUUGGCAGAUUACAAAGAACGAGAAGUAUUGCGCAUUAUGCCCAAAUGUGGCCACACUUUUCAUCUUUCUUGCAUUGAUAUAUGGCUGAGAAAACAAUCUACCUGUCCAGUAUGCCGUCUGCCAUUGAAAAACACUUCUGAAACAAAACAUGUGAGACCUGUGACAUUUACCAUGAGCCAAUCCCUUGACGAGUCUCAUACAUCAGAAAGAAAUGAAGAUAUUGAGAGACAUGUUGAACCUACACCUACUGCAGCCAGUAACACUUUACAACCAACUUCGGGCGAACAAGAAGCUGGGCAAUGA